GCGACCCCAUUGUUUCAAAUGUAGCAUUGAUUAAAGUGCUAUUGGUGAGCCAUGCCCUCCUCGUUCAGCUUCAGGUAUUUGAAGUGAUCUUAUGUUUCGCAGCCGCAUCAAUCUGCUGUGGUUCUGAGCUGGAGAUCGAGGGGAAUUUCUGAUCUCAAAGGUGCCACAACAGGCUGACCAGAUUACUAGAGCAUUUGUACAUCCGAUCCCCCCACAAAGAUGGCGCCCGUCGACGCACACAAGCGAACCCUGGGCCACCACAUCGCGAGCCGCCUGGUGGAGAUUGGCUGCUCCGAAUUCUUCACUGUGCCCGGGGACUUCAACCUGGUGCUCCUGGACCAGUUGCUGCAGGAGCCGAAGUUGAGAAUGAUCAACACCUGCAACGAGCUCAACGCUGGGUAUGCAGCGGACGGCUACGCCCGUGCGAAAGGCGUCGGGUGCUGUGCCGUCACUUUCACUGUGGGGGGCCUCAGUGUCAUCAACGCCAUUGCAGGGGCGUACAGCGAGAACCUGCCCGUCAUCUGUCUCGUUGGCGGGGUGAACAGCAACGACUAUGGUACAAAGCGCAUACUGCACCACACCAUUGGGCUGCCGGACUUCGGGCAGGAGCUGCAGUGCUUUCAGCAGGUCACGUGCGCACAGGUGGUUAUCUCGAACCUGGACAGCGCCCAAGAGCAGAUUGACUACGCCAUCUCGCAGGCGCUGCUUCUGAGCAAGCCCGUAUACAUCAGCGUCUGCUGCAACCUCGCCGGGUUGCCGCAUCCAAGCUUCGCGCUCAGCCCGGUGCCAUACGCCCUCCAGAAGAAGGCAAGCAACAAGCAGAGCCUCGAGGCGGCCAUUGAUGCGGCGGCGGCGUUUUUGAAUGGAGCUGCAAAGCCGGUCUUGGUCGCAGGUCCAAAGCUCCGCUGCUCCGGGGCGGAACAAGCCUUUGCUGAGCUAAUGGACGCGUGCGACUAUCCGGUGUCAAUGAUGCCGGACGGCAAGGGGAAAGUGUCGGAGUCGCACCCGCACUUCAUCGGAACGUACUGGGGAAACGUUAGCAGCCCGUAUUGUUCGGAGAUCGUCGAAUCUGCGGACGCCUAUUUGUUUGCGGGGGCCAUUUUCAACGACUACAGCAGUGUGGGCUACUCGCUGCUCAUCAAACCCGAGAAGGUGGUGCGGGUCGAAACUGACAGAGUCACCGUCGGCGGAUACGCGACCUUCGGCUGCGUUCUGAUGAAGGACUUCCUGGCCGCCCUCAGCGCGAAGCUAAACAAGAACCCGACCGCGUUCGACAACUACCGCCGGAUGUUCAUUCCGCCCGGGGUGCCCCAACCGAGCGAGGCCGGGGAGCCGCUGCGGACCAACAUCCUCUUCCAGCACGUGCAGAAGCUGCUCACGCCCGACACCGCCGUCAUUGCGGAGACGGGCGACUCGUGGUUCAACUGCCAAAAGCUAAAGCUGCCGGACGGCUGCGGGUACGAGUUCCAAAUGCAGUACGGGUCGAUUGGGUGGUCCGUGGGAGCGACGCUCGGAUACGCGAUCGGAGCAAAGGAUAAGCGCGUGAUUGCGUGCAUCGGCGAUGGGAGCUUCCAGGUGACAGCACAGGACGUCUCUUCCAUGAUCCGGUACGGGACAAACCCCAUUAUCUUCCUGAUCAACAACGACGGGUACACGAUCGAAGUCGAGAUCCACGACGGCCCGUAUAACAACAUCAAGCGCUGGAACUACGCCGCGCUCAUCAACGCGUUUCACAACGGAGAAGGCAAAUGCUGGACCACGCAGGUGAAAACAGAGGAGGAUCUCACCGAGGCUAUCAGCACAGCGCUCGGGGAGAAGCACGAGUCGCUGUGCUUCAUCGAAGUGUUCAUCCACCGAGAUGAUUGCAGCAAAGAAUUGCUCGAGUGGGGCUCGCGCGUUGCAGCCGCCAAUAGUCGGCCACCAAACCCGCAAUGAGGCACGGAGCCAGAUGACGUAUUGAAACUAAUGGUGCUUUUAGGUUAUAUAUGUACAAUAAUCAGAUGUCUUGGGUUCCUCAUAAGUAUGUGUAGUUGAAGCUCGCUUGUACUAGAGACCUCAGUUGAUAGAGUCCGCUUUCGCAAAUGGAAAUUAAGCGAACAAAAUUGCGUCCAUAUGGGGUGUGGUGGAACUAAUGGGGCCAUAAACGCUAUGAUCAGUGGCCGAUGCCCCCAUGCUUGAGAAGCAAUGAUGAG